AUGUCCUAUGAACGUGUGGGGGCUCAAGAUUUAUACCUACGUUACGGUGUAGGCCAGCAUACCGAGCGCGAACCUUUCUUCCAAGCUCCGGGCGUUGCUCCUCGAGCGCCCCGUACGACGUCUACGGCCGAACGGGCCGCCGAUCGCUUCCUGAUGAAUACGCCCGUCCUACCGCCCCUGUCGCCGUUGCCUCCUUCGCCCACGCACGACUACGAUGCGGACAUGCUGCAGUUGUUGGGCUCGCCGUUCAACUUGCCAGACGACAUGGUGAGCGUGUUGUCCAGCGACACGCCCUUGUCGACGGGAAGCGACCUGGCCCGGGCCAUGGACCCACCAUCCCCCGAACCGUCACCAGGUCCAUCUCCCGAGAGAUCCCCCGGUGUAUCGCCAACCUUUUCACCCUCGACGUCGCCUGCGGCAUCGCCUCCUUCGGAAGUGGCGAACUUGGCGGCAUGGACGCCAGACAGUGGAAGGAGAUUGACGUCGUUGCCGGACGCUACGUUGGAUCAGAUGAACAAGGAGGAAUUGCGCGAGUACGCCGAGGCCUUGAAAUCGUUGGCGGAGAAGUAUCCCCAGGUGAAGGACACUUUGACGCCCACCAUCAAGAACGUGAUGACGCGGGUGGACGGUCGAUGGCGAGGCAAUCGAAGCGAGAAGAGGAUGAACUUGGCCGAAGUGGAAGAGUACGUCAAGGAAUUGGAAGCCACCGAUCAAAGCAAGUUUGACGAAACGUCACAAAUGCGGAUUCGCUAUGCSCUGGAAAAAGCCCUGGCGCGACGAUUGCAGCUGCGUAAGGAAGCCGAACAAGACAGGAGGAGGAACGGCGGGGAUGACCCCGAAGGGGACGAUGGCGACGGUGGCGAUGGUGGUGGCGACGAUGACGAUGACGACGACGCUAAUGACGAUCAUGGGGAACGCUUCAAGAACGCGGAUCAAGAUACCGUGUCCAAAGCCUUGCGCAAAAAAUUAGGCAAAGGGGAUCAUCAAACCAUCGCCAAUACCACCACCGUGACCACGGUUCGUCGAGGCAAGCGGCCCGUAGUGGAACGCGAGCACACCAGCCAAACCUUCCCCGGUCCCGGCAGCGACAACGACGACGAUGAUGAUGAUGGCGGCGGAGGCGAUGACGCGACGAUUGAAGGCGGCGUACUGCGGCGCAAGCGAAAAUCGCGAGUGUCCAAAUCCAAACCUCGUCGCAAGAAACACAGUCAACGGGGAGGCAUCGUAGCCGAGGAAGGGUAUAAGACCCCUCACGAGUCCGUAUGCCUUGUUGGGGUCCGUGGGUCAUACGGUACGUAA